AUGCGGGAAACAACGCAAAAUGCAACAAUCUAUCCUCGCAACUGGCCGGCCCAGCGUAAAUGGACAAAUGUGGCGCUCAUUUCAUUGCAAGCAAUACUGUCCCCAAUCGCUUCAACCAUCUUGGCUAUAGGGGCAGUUGCUGUUACAGAUGACUUUCAGCUUUCAGAUCCAUAUACAACAGCUCUGCCCACAGGGCUAUACGUGCUUGGCCUCGGGCUGGGACCUCUGCUGCUGGCACCGUACUCAGAAACCUGGGGGCGUAGAACUGUCUACCUAUACAGUUUCGGUGUCUUCACAAUGUUGAACAUUGGGUGCGUGCUAUCUCCAAAUAUCAACGCUCUUUCUAUCUUGAGACUACUGAGUGGCAUCGCCGGCUCAGCUGGUCCUAGCUUGGGAGCGAGCAGUAUCGGCGACAUAUUUGCCGCUGAAGAGAGAGGCAGAGCUCAAUCCCCGUACUCUUUUGGACCCGUCAUGGGACCCGUGCUUGGUGGAGUAAUUGGGGGUUUCAUCGUGAAUCGUACUCAUGGUUGGCCUUGGCUCAUGUGGACUGUGACAAUUGCCUCAGGAGUUACCAACGCUCUUUCCCUGUUGUUUCUACGAGAAACGUAUGCGCCCUAUUUGUUGUCGCGCAAAGCAGCCAUCUUGACAAAGAACAACCCGGCGCCAAUCCGAUUGCUUUUUACUUCACCCAUCUGUGCCUUCAUGAGUAUCUAUUUUUCUCUAUUUUAUGGCAUAUUGUAUCUUCACCUGAUAAUAAUUAUACUCCUCGUUGGCCUGACUGAAAUGUACGGCUCGUACUCAUAUCAUUGGAUCAAUGGCAUAACUGGCCUGGCUUAUCUGCGCGCUGGAACCAGCAGUCUCCUUGGCGCGGCCAUCACAGGCAAAUAUAUGAACAAGUCAUUCGCUUCCGCCUUCGCACGACAGGAAAAGCGCACUGGCUCUUCAACCACGACACCCGAACUCCGGCUUCCAUUCAUGCAGAUCGGCAUGGCUAUUGUCCUUCUGGGGCUGAUUAUGUUUGCCUGGAGUGCAGGGCGUGCCUAUUGCACCGUACCACUCCUUGGCGCAAGUUUCUUCGGCUCGGGUAUGCUCAUGGGUUACGUAUGUAUUCACACGUUUCUCGUUGACUGCUUCGGCAAAUGGGCAGCGAGCGCCUUAGCUGCAGCAAUCGUUACGCGGUGUGUCAUUACCUGUGCAUUUUGCAUUGUGGGUUUUGAGUUGUACAGAAGGCCGGGCUACGAUUGGGGCUUGAUGCUGUUGGCAUUUCUCUGUAUUGCGAUGAUGCCUAUUCCGUUUGCGCUACAGAAGUACGGCUCCGUUCUUCGGGAGAAGCAGAUAAACUUGUAA